UUGACACUCACCGCCAGAAACAUAAACAAGAUCCUCAGUUCUUCAUUGAUUCUCCCAACCCAUUCACUUCCUUCAUUUCAUCAAUUCUUCCUCAUCAGCCAUCGAUUCACCACCGUCAUCCAGUCCUUUGUUUUAUCGAUUUACCACCGUUAGCCCUUCCUUUGUUUCCUCGAUUCACCACCGUUUCACCAGAAAGAAAGAACGAACAAAAUUCGUUCGUCAGCCAUCGAUUCACCAUUGUUUCACCACCGGAAAGAGGAAACACUGUCGAUUCAGAUUCACCUCCGAGUCACCACUCAAACAGAAAGAGGAAACAUUGGAAAGAAAGAACGAACAUAUCGCAUUCUCUGUCGAACUCAGCCCUUUGUCAGUUCACAACCGUGGUCCCUCUCUUCAUUGGUAUCUGUCAAGAAUCAUGUGGAUCUCGUAGAUCUUCUCGAGAUAGCAGACUUGAAGAAAGGAGCUGAUGUAGCUGGAGGUAGAGGUUUCUAUCUCAAAGGAGACGACGUCUGUCUUAACCAAGCUCUAAUCAACUUCGGACUUGAAAUUUUGGAGAAAAGGGAAUAUACCUUAUUAAAAACUCCUUUCUUCAUGAGAAAAUAUAUAAUGUUGGGUGAUCAUAUAAGAAUUUGAUAAUAUUAAAAACAUAUAAGAUAUUCAAAUGUGUGCAUUCUGAAAAGUGAUAUUCAUGAAAAUUUGUUCAAUGAGAUAAGCUAUUGAAAAAGAAAACUUAUAUUAAUAUGAGUAUUUUUGGAAUGACAUCAUUAAAUAUAUUAGAAGUAGUUUUAUAUUUGAGAUUUUGAGGCCACCGAAUAUUAAUACUCCAAUGACUACUAACAAGCCUAAGGCCACCCCCAAUUGUUUCCUCUAAACUGGUCAUAUCUAAGGAAUUAUUAUAUUAGGUAACUGGUGAAGGAGAUGACAAAUAUCUAAUUGCAACAGCAGAGCAGCCACUUUGUGCAUAUCAUAUAGAUGAUUGGAUCCAACCUACCCAGCUACCCCUUAGGUAUGCUGGAUAUUCAUCUUGCUUUCGUAAAGAAGCUGGAUCUCACGGUCGAGAUACUUUAGGAAUAUUCCGAGUUCACCAGUUUAAGAAAGUAUAGCAGUUUUGUAUUACCUCCCCAAAAGUCAAUUAUUCAUGGGACACGCACGAGGAAAUGCUUAAGAACUCUGAUGAAUUUUACAAGGCGGUUGACUAUGACUUUUGACGAAGUUAGUGUGUAUCCUAUCCCAGCAACACUUUACCUUGUCAAAAAUUUGCUCCAGGUGGGAUCGCUUGUCCACCUUUUGAUUGGGUCAAGAUAUGCAGUGCAAAGAUCUGGAAAUGUUCUCAUGGCAUUCAAUAACAAGGAAGCUAGUUCGGCUAUCCCCUUAUUCUCUCCAAUUCUUGUUCCAAUGGCUCAAAGCUUUGGUCCACUUCGAUUAGAUAUUUUUUCUUCACCAACUCUACGAGCAGGGGUCAGUAUUUCUACAUAAAUAUCUUGCCUGGGAAUGGAGGAAGGCACCUAUUAAUAUCUUCUAAGAGAAAUAUUAGCAACCUCUAUUGAUGUAUGUGAAAUAGCAUUUGGCUCCUUUUCUGUUUAUAGUCAUAUUACAAUAACCUUCCCUUCAGGUUGACUGAGAAACAUUAAAUAUCCAAAUGAUAUUUGUAAACAAUUGGAUUUGAUUUAAAAUGUUAUUUGGUAUUGUU